AAGUGCCACUUGGUGCUUGUCGGAUCCUUCCAAAGUAUACUGGCUCAACACCAUUUUUGAAGAGUCCGAGCAACAUGAUUGGCGCAUUAUAUCAUAUCCUAUUCUCCUACAACUACAAUUGAUUGUUGUUGUGUUAUUUUGUUAACAGGAACUGAGUAAAACUCCAACGAUCAUCGUUAGUGGACACCAUGCAAAAUUGCAUAUUGAAGGCCUGAGACUGGUAAUUGAUGAAGGUGGUGGAUUUGAAGAUAAGCUCAUUAUAAAAAUUGUUAAGGCUUAAAAGAAAAACUUUUAAUUGGAUCGGGUGAAGUGAUAAUUAGUACAAGGAAGUGUCCAAGUGUGCCUGCAUGACUUUGUCUUAUAGAAUAUUCGCUGAAGACCUUGUUUAGGAAGUUUAGAAUUGUUUUGGGAUGGAGUAAAAAGGGAAGAUGGAUAUCCGAUUUUUCCAGGGAAGGUUCACUAUUGAUUAUUUUAAGAUUCAAAUCGUCUGUAUAUUUGUGCUAAUGCCCAAACAACUCUGACUUUGUUGUUUCAAGAUAAAGCUAAUGUUUAUGUGAACACCAGCAUUAUAUUUGGACCAGCAUUUAAAAUUUAUCUUAUGGAUCAAUUAGCCAGGAAACUUUAUCAGAGAAGUUGAGUUACCAUCUUCUUUCUUACAUGCUGAUCUGGAGUUAUUGUUGUCCACUUAUGUUACAGGAGAAUCUAUCUGCCGUUGAUAUCCUUUCGGCAUGCAAUCUUGUUAACUAUUUUGGUAAAAUGGAUCUUGGUGGUUCCGGUGUUGGGCAGAUUGCUCUGCACCCUAUUCUUAUCAGGAAGGGUUUAACAUCAGUAGCUCUUUAUGGUCUUGGGAAUAUCAGAGAUGAACGUUUGAAUAGAAUGUUUCAAACACCACAUGCCGUGCAAUGGAUGCGACCUGAGGCUCAGGAAGGGUGUCAAGUGUCCGACUGGUUCAACAUUUUGAGUAAAGACCAAUCCAAAAAAUGCAAUAAAUGAGCAUUUCCUACCUCGGUUUCUGGAUUUCAUUGUGUGGGGUCACGAACAUGAAUGUUUAGUGGAUCCUCAGGUGCUACUAAUUCUGAAGCUUCUUGAUUUCUGUACUCGCUCUUUACAUUACUUCCGUUCCUGUGUAAUAUGGGUUUCAGUUGAAGCUUAUCUUUAUUACAGGAGGUUCCAGGUAUGCGUUUUCACAUUACUCAGCCAGGUUCUUCUGUUGCGACAUCACUGAUUGAGGGUGAAUCAAAACAAAAACAUGUACUAUUAUUAGAAAUUAAGGUUGUACUUCAUGAAUUCCAUCUUUAACUCAUUUUCUUACUGUGUUGUUCAUGCUUCUGCAUUUGAGUAAUAGUUU